CGCCCUCCAAACAUAGGCAAAGGUUUAUGGCUAUUGUUUUGUUGCUUGCUUUGUCUGGAGUGAAGCCAGACUUGGAAUUUGGCUUACCUCUACUGAGCAGUUGACGGAUCUCAGCCUCUAGGUUGGUGUUUUUUUGUUUUUGUUUUUUGUUUUUUCCCCUAGUUCUUAUAUUGAUCCCAGCUCUUCGGAUGUUUACUGAGCAUUAGCCAUGUGCCUGAGAAGGACAAAGCCGCUAAGGCUCAGGUCCCUGGGCACUUAGGCUGGAGUCACUUAGACGCUUAAGUCUUUAAAGGCGUGGUGUCACAGGGCAGUUGGAGCCACAAGCUCCAGGUUGAGCUUCAGGGGAAAAUCUGCUCCCUCAGAGAUGAGGUGGUUAUUGAGACUUCCAGCUCUCCUCUCGGGAAUGUCCUGGAUUUGAGACUGGCACACCUUGAUGCGCUAUGGAGUCACAAGCUCCGGGUCGAGCCUCGGGAAAAUCUGCUCUCUCAGGGAUGAGGUGGAUAUUGAUACUUACUGCUGUCCUGGCAAAGAUGUCCUGGACUAAGACUGGCAUACCUUGAUGUUCGGUGUGCCUCCCGCUGACAGCCUGACUUCCGCGCGGUGCGUCUUGGGAGUUGUAGUCUUCUGUAGUCUUCUCUUGUGCAGCUUUGGAGGGUGAAAAACUCCACCCUCUCACCCCACCCAUUACCGCGACCCCAGCCAGGAGCUCCAGUCUUUUCUGGAUUCAACCCUGACCCUCCGGACUGGUGGGGGCGGGCCUAUGCACGUGGAUGCAAGUGGAUUGGGUCCGUGUGUCGUGGGCGGGGUCGCGCAUGCUCAUUUGGGCAGUGGGCCUGGAGCACAUCAAGAUGUCGACCAUGACGGUUCCAGAGCUAAAGCAGAUCAGCCGGGAGGAAGCAAUGCGCUUGGGACCCGGCUGGAGCCACUCUUGCCACGCCAUGCUGUAUGCCGCCAAUCCCGGGCAGCUCUUCGGCCGUAUCCCCAUGCGCUUCUCAGUGCUGAUGCAGAUGCGCUUCGAUGGGCUGCUGGGCUUCCCUGGGGGCUUCGUGGACCGGCGCUUCUGGUCGCUGGAGGAUGGCUUAAACCGGGUGCUGGGCCUGGGCCUGGGCGGCCUGCGCCUUACCGAAGCUGACUACCUGAGCUCACACCUGACCGAGGGUCCACACCGUGUGGUGGCACACCUGUACGCACGACAGCUGACACUGGAGCAGCUACAUGCUGUGGAGAUCAGCGCUGUGCACUCGCGGGACCACGGCCUGGAGGUGCUGGGCCUUGUUCGUGUCCCACUGUACACUCAGAAGGAUCGAGUAGGAGGCUUUCCUAACUUCCUGAGCAACGCCUUCGUCAGCACUGCCAAGUAUCAGCUCCUGUUUGCCCUUAAGGUUCUCAACAUGAUGCCCUCGGAAAAGCUGGCUGAGGCUUUGGCCUCAGCCACAGAGAAACAGAAGAAGGCCCUAGAAAAGCUGCUCCCGACCUCAUCCUGAGGAGGUUCCUGUGCAGGUUCUUGCCCCUCCUUUGGCCGUUUCUGCCCACAGGUCCUGGAAUUCCCAAGAAGUGUGCCUUCUAGUGUUUGGUUUUGCACCCCUUCUGACUGCAAGGGACAUGCAGGCAGCUCUUCAUCUUCACUGUCCCAAGCAGUCCCUGGCACCUAGCUACCCUCUCAGGUUGGUCAAUGGGGUGGCAUGGGCCUGGCUUUUCAAGCUGAAGAUGUUCUCACCCAUCCCAAGGCUCAAACUGUCCUGUAUGGCUCUCUUCAUGACUGGUGGAGUCCCAGCUACAGCCCACUCUUCUAAGGCAACUGAUUGCUUGGUACACGGCUCCUGGACUGGUCUGGGGUUUUGUUCAAUGGAGGUGAUCCACGUUAGAUCAUUCCUUCCCUUAACCCAGAACCUGAUCCAGCUUGAGGAAGGAUGUUCAUCUGGGAGGUUGUUGACUUUCUCUGUUAGGUUUUUCUUUCUUGGUGUGUGAACUGUGGGUUGGUUUCAGAAUGGCUGUGCCCCACAUGGCUUUGUUUUUCCCAUGAGGGCUUUGGCUCAGCUCUGUGAAAUUGAGGAUGGAAGAAGACAAUAAAGCCAUUCCUCUGA